CGAAGCUUAAAUAAACUCUACAAAAGAACAGAAAUAGUGUGUUUUUAAAAAGAUAACAAAUUUAACUGAAAAUGCUGUAAAAAUUUCUUACUCCGCUUAGUAUAAACCAACAAAAUGGUUACGAGUCAUUCGUAAUUCGAGUCAACUCGAGUCACUCGCAACUCGGGUUGUCAAAAAUUUCACUCGAGUCCGAGUAAGAAAAAAAUGACUCGAGUCACUCGAGUAAAAAGCAACUCGAGUCCCAUCACUAGCACAGACUAAAAUCAAGUUUAUUAUAAUUUAAUAUUUUAAUUAAUCUUCUCGUUUAUUUUAUAAAUCUGGUUAAAGUAAACAGGUGUUCAAAUUCAUGAAUACUGUUAUCAAGAUUAGAAUCUGUACUUGUUGGACUGAAACUAGAGAGUAAUAUCAGAAUCUGCAACUGAACAGUUGGAAGAUUAAUUAAAAUGGGUGUCCCAAAAUUCUUCAGAUAUACCAGUGAAAGGUAUCCUUGCCUAAAUGAGCUCGUCAAACAAUAUCAGAUACCAGAUUUCGACAAUAUGUAUUUAGACAUGAAUGGUAUAAUUCACAAUUGUUCCCAUCCUGAUGAUUCAAAUCCUCACUUCAGAAUCACUGAGGAGAAAAUCUUUCAGGAUAUAUUUCACUAUUUAAGUAUGUUAUUUCAAAUUAUAAAGCCAAAGAAACUGUUCUUUAUGGCUAUUGAUGGAGUAGCUCCUAGAGCUAAAAUGAACCAGCAGAGAGGCAGGAGAUUUCGAUCUGCAAGGGAAGCAGAAAAAUUGGAAGAAGAUGCUAAAGAGAAAGGUGAAGUUCUUCCAACAGAGAAGCGUUUUGAUAGCAAUUGUAUCACACCUGGUACGGUGUUCAUGGCACGCUUGCAUGACCAGUUAAAAUAUUUUGUUAAAAAACAAAUAUCAGAAGAUCCGCUUUGGUCCAAAGUGAAAGUAGUACUGUCGGGACAUGAGACACCCGGAGAAGGUGAGCAUAAAAUUAUGGAUUAUAUACGCUGGGCUCGCUCCCAGCCUGAUUACGAUCCUAAUACAAGACAUUGUUUGUACGGCUUGGAUGCUGAUCUUAUAAUGUUGGGAAUGUGCACCCAUGAACCACAUUUUGCAUUGUUGCGAGAAGAGGUUAAAUUUGGUAAAACAACACAGCGUGCUACCAGCCCGGAAGAAACAAACUUCUACCUCCUCCAUCUCUCUCUACUUCGGGAAUACUUAACUCAAGAGUUCAUAGAUAUCAAAGACAACUUGCCUUUCAAGUACGAUAUAGAGAAAAUUGUUGAUGAUUGGGUCUUGAUGGGAUUUCUAGUGGGCAAUGAUUUUAUACCCAAUUUGCCUAACAUGCAUAUUAACAAUGAUGCAUUACCCAUCUUAUAUAAAACUUAUAUGACAGUUUUACCAACAUUAGAUGGUUAUAUAAAUGAAGCAGGUGACCUAAAUCUGCCUCGCUUUGAGCUGUUUAUGCAAGAACUAGCUAAAAUUGACAAAGAGAAGUUCCACGACACUUAUACUGAUUUAAAAUUCUUCGAAGCAAAGACAGGAAGGAGACCGAAUGCAAAUGAAAGAAAAGUGUACAAACCGAACAAUGAUGACACAUUCAAUGUGAACAUAGAUCAUAUCAAAGCGAACAAACCUGAUAAUGAAUUACAAGCACUUAUUAAGGCCACCGAAGAUAUGUAUAUGGACGAUAUGGAUAUAAAUAGUGAAGAGGAAUAUGAAGAAACCAGUGAUGAGGAAGCGAACAUAGAAAUGGAGUUCAUUCAACAUAAGAAAGAUUAUUAUAUGAACAAAUUGGACUAUUCCAAAGUUACUGAGGAGGUGUUAGCGGACCAGGCGGAGGGCUACGUGCGCGCGAUACAAUGGAACUUGUGGUACUACUACAAGGGCUGUCCUUCCUGGUGUUGGUACUACCCACAUCACUACGCUCCAUACAUCUCCGAUAUCAAAGGAUUUAAAGACCUCAAGAUAGAGUUCGAGUUGGGUGAACCCUUUAAACCUUUUGAACAGUUAUUGGCAGUGUUACCAGCUGCUAGUAAACAACUCCUGCCUACCCCAUUUCAUGAUCUGAUGACGGAUGAAGACUCCCCCAUUGUGCACUAUUACCCUGUCCACUUCGAGACUGACCUCAACGGCAAGAGGAAUGACUGGGAGGCUGUUGUACUUAUACCAUUUAUUGAUGAGACAAAUUUGCUGUCAGCGAUGGCGCCCUGCUACCAGCGAUUGACUGAAGAUGAAUUGAAAAGGAAUAGUCAUGGGCCUAUGUUGAUAUACAACUGGUCUCCUGCUAACUUAGGUGUGGCAUUAUCUCCGGCAUACUUCCCGCCGAUAACGGAGAACCACGCCAUCGAGCUGCUGGUGUUUAGGUCCAAGCUGGACGUGCCGGAGGACCAGCUCAAGAGGGGAAUGCUGCCUAACGCCAAGCGUGACCUACUCUACCCUGGCUUCCCUACCAUGCGACAUCUUAAGUAUAAGACCAGCUUAAUAAAGAAGCAUGUGAAAGUGUUCGACCAACCUUCCCGCAACGAGAACAUGAUAGUGGAGAUCAUACGAGAGGAGGAGCCUCCUCUGGAGCAGGUGGCGAGGGAACUGCUGGGCAAGGUCAUAUGGGUCGGCUGGCCACAUCUCACCAAAGCUAAAGUGAUAUCAGUAUCUAAUGAGAAGAUGAGGAUGCAUCAUGUGGGGAAGAAUAUGGACGUCCAGGGUACUUACUCCACAGAAGUGAACGCAGGAAAUCUACACAAACAGUGGAUAUCUGAACGAUCUACUAUUAUUGAACACAAUAUGAAUCGACUUGGCAUUGAAUUAGGAGACGUCAAUAUUAUAGUUCAUGCUGUUAAUAUUAAAGGUUACAAGUAUAUAAUCCAGGAUAAAACGGCGAUGGUGCGUAAAGCGGAGUGGUGCGAGGUGCCGUGCGGGUACGCGCUGCAGGCCGUGCUGCCCGUCGCCGCAUACCACACCACCACCCACCAUAGGUUCUGCUCACCCCAGGAGGCAUACCCCGUAGGAGAACACGUCUUCUUGCUGACCCAAGGACAGUAUUAUGGAUGUUUGGCUAAGAUCGUGGAUUCCGAGUGCAUAGGCAGCGGGCGCAUCAAGGUGUGUGUGACGGAGACCAGCGAGCCAUCGCCCGGCCGCCGCCUCCUCGCCAGCCCCUACCGCGCCGCCAACCACGCUGCAGCAGCUUGCGGUAUCUCUGCACAGAUGCUGUCUCGCAUCACCGGCACUGUUCUUGUUAUUCUCGGUGAAAGGAAUAACCUUCCUACAGAAAAUCAGAAUAAACUUAACAUAGGACUUAAUCUUAAAUUCAACAAAAAGAAUCAAGAGGUGUCGGGGUACACGCGGCGCUGCGCCGUCAGCAACUCGUGGCAGUACUCGGAGCGCUGCCUCGACCUCGUGAAGGCGUACGCGCAGCACUUCCCAGAGGUCUUCGACAAUCUGCCCUACCACUACGACAAGAAUAUCAUAUUCGAAGAGGAAUUGUGGCCGGGGGAAGUCGGAGAGAAGAAGCCGCAAGCGGUGGUGACGUGGCUGAAGGCGCAGGGCGCGGGGCGCGCGGCGCGGCGCACGUGCGGCUCGCAGGCGCUGGAGCCGGAGGAGCUGCGCGCGCUCGCCGCACACGUGGACGCGCAGCAACACCACACACAGCAACAGAAGACACCCACCUUGCAUGUCAAAUGGACCUUGUUGUAUAAGCCGGAACUACACGAAGGCAACAUAUCCCCGGACCCUAAAGCAGACUACCAGCUGUUAGACCGCGUGGUGUGCGUGUCACGCACUAUGAGCGUGCCGUACGCACUACGCGGCACUAUCACGGCGGUGUACGGGCCCGCGGACUGCAACACGGUGCGCCUCGCAGACAAACUGAAUGCCACCCCUUCCUACCAGGUCAUGUUUGAUACACCCUUCCCUGGGGGCAUGCUGGAGGAGGGCUUCAAUGAAACCAGGUUUUACAGAAUGCAGGAGAGUAAGAUGUUGAACAUAUCGUACGGUCGCAAGCUGCGCAGCGCCGCCGCGCUCGCGCCCGAGCCCGAGUGGGCGGCGGCCGGCGCGCCCCCAGCCCCCGCCGCGCCCCCAGCGCCCCCAGCGCCCGUCCUACUGCGCCGCGAACACCGCUCAGCCUUCGCCAGCUACAGUCCGCCGACAGACAGACAGACGCCGAUUGCCGACAAGAACAAGGCAGUACCCAACAUUGUCAAUAAUGGCGGCCCUCCGGAUAACGCAACAAAUCUUCUCAGAAGUUUACUUAAGAUAAGUGAAACUGAAACCGAAAUUAAUAAGAAAAAUAAGAAUUCCGUUGAACAAACUAACUGGCGUAAAACCGAGAAAACUCCAUUGUCGCCGCCAAAGCCGCAAGACAACUGGCGUAAGGAAAGCAAUCGAGCGCCCGCGCACAAUGAAUGGACAAACUCCAAUUUGAAGAACGCAGCGCCGUUCCCUCAGCUGGUGGGCAUGUCGAAGCCUCUGCAGGUGCCGGGCGCCGCACACCUGCCCUUCCCGCAGUUCCGCCCGCACCCCCCGACACACCCCCAGCACCCCCCACACCCUCCGCACCCCGUGUUCGCACCGAGCACCCCCAACAACAUCGUGCUGGGACCCAGCUGGGUGCAAGGCAAUAAUCUAUCAACAGUGCCUAAUGCCAGUAAGCCAGUGUGUAGUACGCAGAGCGCGGACAGACUCUCCAAUCCAUUUGUACCCUUGCAAGUGCAGACCAGUCAAAGAAGAGUACAGAAUACGGUUCCUUCUAGCAGUAGAAGAGAUGGUUCAGAAGCGCUGGCGCAGCCCCAGCCCCAGCUCCCCGCGCAGCCGCCGCACGCGCAACACACCAUACCCCAACAGCCGCAAAAUGCAAAAAAGAAACCACAAAGGAAGAAGAAACCAAGGAUAGCGGCUAACUUACCUUUCCAAAUGGACUAAAAUCUAGAUAUAUACAAAUCUGUGUGAAUGUGGUUAAUAAGAAAACGACACAAGUGGUUAGAUCAGUAAAGAAAAUGACAGUUAAAUCUAUAAAAUAUGUAAUCAAACAACGAUAUUUGUUCUGUCUGAAAAUAUAUUAAACCUAGACAUGAAAAACAUGACAGCUAUACUGACCUCUAAAAAUGGACAGGUUAUAUUUUUGUGCUUAUUUGAUUUUAUCCCUUUUGGCGCUAAUUUUGUUGUAUGUAGCGAUGCAUAUCAGGAACUUUAAAAACUGUACAAAUCAUAACGAAUCAAUGCUGUAAUUUCCAAGCAAUUCUUUUGUAGAGAAAAAAAUAUCUUCCAACAUUUUUGACAUUGACACACGACGUUAGUGAGCUGUCAUAAUUUAAUUUGACUAAUGGAUAUAGGGACAGAUAACUUAUGUAAAAUCUAUUUUGAUAAUUGUUACUCUCUUCAUCGAAGACAUUGCUGUUUCGCCAGAUUUAACUAAGUAAAUAUUAACAGGAUUCUACGAAAAACAACCAACUAAAUAAUUAUGGAAUUAAUAUAAUGUAAAAGAUAUCAAAAGUGUAUAAUAAAAUUAAUUUUCAAAUGUUGCCAGUUGCAACUUUUUCGUAUAAUCUUUAUUAAUCUAAUCACAUAAUAUUUAUUUGUAUGACUGUACUUAUGUACAUUUUGUAAAUAAAUAUAUUGUAAGGACAUCUUUAAGAUAAUGUUAAUAGACUAUUUCCUAAUUAAUAAAUGUUUGUGAAUGUGUGAA